AUGAGCGCACAUACUGAGAUCCCCAAAACCAUGAUCGGGGUCGUCCUCACAGGCCAUGGUGGACCUGAUAAAUUGGAGUACCGCGAGGAUCUACCAGUUCCUACUAUAGCAUCUGAUGAAGUCUUAAUUCGAGUCGCCGCCGCAGGCAUCAACAACACCGACAUCAACACCCGGAUCGGGUGGUAUUCCAAGGGCGUCAAAAGCGGAACCGGCACCGGCACAGCAGAAGGACAGCAGGAUGAUGAUGCAUCAUGGUCCGGCAAACCGCUCGAAUUUCCUCGUGUUCAGGGUGCCGACUGCUGCGGUCGCAUCGUCGCCGUGGGCAAUGACGUCAAUUCGAAGCGUAUUGGAGAGCGCGUCCUCGUCAGGAAUAUGCUGCGGCAUUAUGUUGGCCGCGAACCUUACAAGUGCUGGACAUUUGGCUCGGAGUGUGACGGAGCCUUCGCACAAUAUACAAAAGCGCCUGCGGAAGAGACUCUCAAAGUCGAUUGCGACUGGAGUGACGUCGAACUCGGCUCUAUUCCCUGCGCCUUUUCGACAGCGGAGAACAUGCUGCAUCGUGCCAACGUCAAGUCCGGCGAACAUGUCGUUAUCACGGGUGCAUCUGGCGGUGUCGGUGCUGCAGCAAUCCAGCUCUCGAAGAGACGAGGCGCCUACGUGACCGCCGUCGGCGGCAAGGACAAAACAAAAGACAUGCUGGCAGUGGGUGCCGACCAAGUCAUUGCAAGAGACGACGACCUUGUUUCCAAGCUCGGGAAGAACUCCGCUGACGUGGCUCUCGACCUCGUUGCCGGCCCUUUAUUCUCUGGUCUGCUAGAUGUGCUCAAGCAAGGAGGAAGGUAUGCUACCGCUGGGGCUAUAGCAGGUCCACUAGUGGAACUCGAUGUACGGACUUUGUAUCUUAAGGAUCUCAGCUUCUUUGGCUGUACUUUUCAGGAAGAUGAGGUCUUUGCAAAUCUGAUUUCGUAUAUUGAGAAGGGCGAGAUUCGACCGCAUGUGGCCAAAGUGUAUCCGCUGAAAGAGAUCGGAGCAGCACAGGAACAUUUCGGGUCGAAGAAGACUUCUGGCAAGUUAGUACUUGAGAUACCAUAA